AUGUCCUUUGGUGGAUACACCCUUAGUUUUACACCUUAUAAUAGUACAACCAAUAGUAAUUACUUAAUUCUCUACGCGUAUGAAGACAAUGAAACUCUGAUAGGCAGUAUUGGACCGACUCCUAUAAAUCCAUAUAGUGCGAUGUGUAUUACUAGUAAUAAUACGUUAUUAUUUGCUGCUAACACUAGUAAUGAGAGAAAUUCUUGGACUCUAUAUAAUUAUCGAUUGCCAAUAGUUCAUCUUGUCUUUAAUGGUUAUUACAGCAAUCUCGAGAUAAAUUACAAUGUUCCAGAAAUUAAUAGUACCGUCGAACCAUUUAAUGCGACAACGAUCAGCAUCACCUUCAAUGACCCCAUCAAUCUAUCUGAAUCAAAUCUCUCCAUCUAUCACCUUACUACUGGCACACUUCGACAAAUGGUCUCCGGAUCAAUGAAUGGCUUCUUCAGUGCAAUUAGCGGUACGCUUUAUCUUACUCCAAAAGCAACGAUUAGAUUUCUGGGACUCUCUAGACCAGAAAGGUCGGCGUACUUUUCUAAUUUAAUAAGCGAACUUGCUAAUAUGGUGCCGGUCAGAUCAUCUCGAUUAAGUUCGAAUGGCAAUUAUCAACAUAUCAAAAAUGGAACACCUCUUGAACAGAUAUUUAUCUCCAUCUAUGUGCAUAAACCGAUGAACAGCACAGAAAGAAGCGUUUCGGGGGUAUUCUCCGAUUUGGAUACCAUGAUCAGAAAUAAGAAAAUUACCAGCAUCUCUAUUGGUUCUAUUACUAAUGACUUAGACAAAAACUUUGGUUUUGAAAACAUCCAUGGGAAAGAUAUACAACUCAGUGUAUUAUUGCGUUGA